AUGCAAGCUGAAGACAGCAACGGUUCAUUCUGGCAACAAUUAUUUCGAAAUACUGGUAUCGGAUUUCUCAAUGACAUAAACGCAUGGCUUCGAGGGCGGCGACAUCGGACAGAGCAGAAGAAGAUCGUUAUCAGUACUUCUCCAUGGCUUGCUCUCAGUCGUUGUGGCGUUCAUGUCCUUCCAGUUCUGGUCUCAACUGCUAUAGUCGGAGUCAAUCUUCGACAAGUGUUCAUCGGCAUUGACUUCAAGAGUUUUGUCAGUUCCGAGACGAUCAAUGUCGCUCUCCUCCAAGUUGCAGCCAAACUUCAAGAACUCUUGAUCAUUGCAAGCCUCGCCACAAUCGUCUUUCAGCUCCUACGGGACGAGCUGAUAUACGGCGAUGGUAUCCCUUUAGGGCUCCUGGGGGCUGGGAUUGAUUUCACUAAAUUAAGCUACUUCUGGUCGCCUGAACUUUUGGGCGGUGCUCGGACUUUGUUCAAGGGUCGCAGAAAGUACAGGAAGAUCCAAUUGGGGCUCUUUAUCAUCUUUGCUGGCGUGCUUGCCGUGCUUACAGGACCCUCAUGUGCUGUGCUCCUCGUCCCUUCAAAACAGGACUGGCCAGCUGGAGGCACCUCAUUAUUUCUAAACGGCACGAAGGAUGAGUUCUGGCCUGUGCAGCUUGCCUCAAGUCCAUUUCUUGACUCAACUUGCUCUUCCUCCACUGGAAUUCGCUACGGUAUCUGUCCAAGUGGUGGUUUCCAAUCAAUUUGGUCACAUUACGCCAAAUAUGACCAUACGACGUUCACCAAGAUCGUCAAACCCUACGCGAAAGAACUUUCUGGCAACCAAUUUUACUGGCCAAUUGAAAGUAUGCAGCCAGUAUCCCCCAGUGUCAUCUCCUUGAGUGCACCGCAAGUCAAUGGUUUCGCUGUUCAGCCUCUGAUGUCUAUAUCUGUGCUUUUGGACAAGAUUAUGCAAGAUUGGUGGAGCGUUAUGUUGAAAAAGAAGCAUUUCGACGAGCAAAAUAUCGAUGACAGACAGGCCGCGUCGUCGAAUAUCUUAACUCCUAUCGUGUCGGUAGAUUGCUCAGCGGCUGAGCCGAUGGCUGCCUCAAAUCACACUGUGCAGUUUCCCACGUUUGACAAAGCUCAAAAGUUUCGAAUAGAGGAAGUCCCAGAGGUCCACAUGUCUAGUUCGUCUGCAGACCACUUACAAUUCGCCUGGGUACCUCUCUCGGCGAGCUAUGAAUCGGUCACCGUUGGAGCCAUUUUACAGUCAGCUUGGAGCAGGGUUAACCAGUCACGUCUUGUUGUUGGUUGCGCUGUGCAAGCAAAGUGGGUGCCCGCUCAUAUUCGGACAGAUGCCUACACGUUUUGGGAAGGCUGGUACCCAAAAAAUAUUUCAUUUGAUAUGCCGUAUCCUAAGAAGGGGGAACCUUUGCUGGACGGAAAAACCGAAAGUCUACGAGAUGCUAUCGCCGUCGACGAAGGAUGGUUGAAGAUACUUACUCCUCCAACUCCCAAGGAGGGACCCGGCUUCUUUGAUUGGGGUCCGUCGACGAUCGAAAGUAUUCUCAGCAAUUUUGAUAUCUUGAGAGACUAUCCUGACGACAAUCGCCGUGAUGACGCCGAGUACAAUGGGAAGCGCCUUGAUCUGCUUGCUUCCAUCAUAGGAAGUGUAUUCGCAGAUGGCGUCUCAAGAGUCAACGUAGACCGGGCGUACAAUACCGAAGGAAAUCCAUCCCAAUGGUCUCUUGCAGAGAUAGAAAUGGAGAAGGGCUUUGAGGCUCUUCCUCUGGAAGGCAAGCAGGCUCUGAAGAAGCCAAAGACAAAUGCCGCGGAAGCAAACAAAAUCUCAGUACAAUUUUCAAUAAGUGGUCACAGCUACAGACAUGAAUUGGUUCAGAUCCUUUCGAUGAUCGUUCUUUUUGUGCACAUGGUAGUGGCAAUUCUACAUACUGCGUGGACAGUGGCUAGGGGCAAGUCCUCUGCCUCAUGGGACUCUAUCACCGAGAUACUUGUCCUUGCACAAAAUUCGAAGCCUGCUUACCGAGCACUUGAGAACACAGCAGCAGGUCUCAAGUAUCAACACACGUACGCGAAAAAGGUUACGAUCCGGCCAACGAAACUUCCGAAUGCCAGCGAGCCUGAUCAUCUGGAAUUGCUUCUCGAGGAGGAAGAGGUUCAUGCAGACCAUGAGAUGGUUGACGUGGAGCACCUCAGUCUCCCUCCCCCUCAUUCUGCCCAAAGUUCAGUAUCUAGUACGCGUGAGACAUCGUCUCAUCCCGUGAAUACAACACGCGGCGCAACUUGGCCGACUUAUCGAAGGCAUAGUAGCGUUCAGUCCAUGAGGUCAAUAGAGCAGAGCGACGCGCAAAUUUCGAAACCAAACUCGCCACUUCUCAAUCCUGUCAAUCAAGACUUGAGUCCUCCACCGCAAUUACGAGUCAAAGAAGACUACAUGUACGGAUGA